AUGGACAGAGGAAUUGAUCACCGCCUCUCCCUCCACCUUCAGCCCUCUCCCUUGGGCAUGUCUGCGUGCUCUGCUCUUCCUCCUCACGUUUCAGAGCUUCUCGUCCUCAAUAUCUCCUUCCGUAGCUCUCUCCUUUCCCCUGCUCCGACUCCCUUCGCCUCCGUCGCUCUCUGUGUCAAUGCCUCACGCGGCUGUUUCGCGGGGACCACCGCCGACGACCUCUUCCCUCUCUUCGACAAGUACGGCAAGGUCGUCGACGUGUUCAUUCCCAGGGACCGGAGGACUGGGGAGUCGAGAGGGUUCGCGUUCGUGAGGUACAAGUACGCGGACGAAGCGCAGAAGGCGGUGGACAAGCUCCAUGGGAGAGAGAUUGGGGUUCAGUUCGCGAAGUACGGUCCCAAUGCCGAGAGAAUCGAAAAGGGGAAGAUUACUGAACCGGUUUCAAAGAUGAGAAGGUGGUCGAGAAGUCGCAGUCCUCUUCCAAGGUACAGAGAUGAAUAUGGAGACCGUGAUUACAGGAGGAGAAGUCGCAGUAGAAGCCGGGGACGAUAUGAUCGCAACAAGUACAGAGACGGGGGAAGGAGUUACCGUCACCAAAGUAGGAGCUAUAGCACAAGUCCUGAUCGUCGCAGAGACCGAAGGGCACCUAAAUAUGAUGAUGAGGACCGAAGUCGGAGUGGAUCAUACACAAGCUCAUCCCAGAGCCCGCAGAAAGCCAAAUAUGAGAGGAGUCGCUCUCCAAAUCAGAGACCUUCUACACUUGAAAGUCCUGAUGUACGAAAUGGUGAAAGAGAUUCUCAGCUCCAAAGAGAUGUCCCCAGUGGACGUCCUGCCAAUUCCGGUGGUGCAUCACCACGUAGUCCAUAGAUCGAGUGGAAAGAUGAGUGCCCCAGGUCGUGGGAGUCAUUUUUGCUCGACAAACAAUUACACUUUCUCCUGAGUUGCUCUUGAUUGGGUGGACAGAUACUUCGUUGCGUGCAAUGAUUUAGAUGUUAAUCCUAGGUUUAGUCGGGCGUGAUGUUUUCCUUCUUUGAAGUCAGCUGGUCCGUCUUUUCUGACUUUGGUGGUUAUUGUGAUACUCUGAUCUUAUUCUUGUGCUAUAAUGUGCAUUCAUGAAGUC